CUUCACAAGUGAGGUGAUUGUCUGGACCAAAAAAUAAGUUUCACUUUUGAUCAGCGUAAUGGCUCAGCCUCCACCUACAAGUUGCAAUGAGUGAAAGCCGAGAUGUACGCCGUGUGAAAUCAGACAAUUACGGAGAUGCUGUGUUGCAGAAUCUCAGCCAGUUGCGAGAGCGUUCAGAGCUGUGUGACUUUAAGGUGUCAGCUGGUGGCAGGGUGUUUGAGGUACACAAAUGUUUGCUUGCUGCCACCAGUGACUACUUCAGAGUCAUGUUGGGGGGAAUCAACACAGAAAGCCAGCAGAAUAUGGUGGACCUGAAAGCCGUGUCCCCGGACGGCCUGCAGUAUGUUCUGGAUUUUAUCUACAGCGGAGAGCUGCCCCUUAAUUUAGACAAUCUCACAGAAGUUAUCAACACUGCAAGCCAUUUACAGGUUCACUCUGGUUUGGACCUGUGUAGCAAUUACAUGAUCUCAUUAAUGACCUUUGAAAAUGCUGAGGAGUUUCUUAACAUUGCCGACACUUAUUCAUUGAAGAAAGUUCUCGACCACUGGGACCACAUGAUACAAACUAGAUUCAUUGAAUUUAGUCAGACUCAUCAAUUUCUGAAAAUGAGUUCAGAAAUGUUAAACAAACACUUGAAACAAGACACCGUCACGAUCCAAUCUGAGUUUAAAUUAUUCAAGUGUAUUGAACGCUGGUUUUAUUACAAUGACUCCAGAAUCAACACUGACGGGGUCCGCGUUUUAUCUCAUAUUCGAUUUCCACUAAUGUCCCAAGUAGAACUAGCCUCUAUCCAAGAAAGCAAUGUCAUCAAACGCUGCCCUCAGGGAAUUCAGUUUCUCGCAAAAGGAUUCAGAUUUCACAUGGAGAGCAAGGAAGGUCACCCCGUUAUUGAAACUGUUUCUAACAUUCGCAGUAAUACGGCGUGUUUAGUGUUUGUGCAUUAUGGGUCGUCUUACAUGCCAUUUCAAAUAACUACUUACGACAAAAAGUCAAAAAUGUUCUAUAGACUUUUCUCAGACGUGAAUGGAAGUAGAGACUGUCGGUUAGCGGUAGUCGAUAACUUCCUGUAUACAUGCAGGGUGGUUGAUUUUGGCGGGGGAAGUCUUAUGAGCUCUGUGUUCAGAUUUGAUCCACGACAUUUGUGUGGCCAGGAAGUGAGACCUAUGCGUAGACUAAGGUUAGACUUCGCUCUCAUAGCCGUAGGGAAGUACCUCUAUGUAUUUGGAGGCCUAACGGACCAGUUUGCAAUACUAGACUCUGUAGAGCGCUACAACGUGGCGGAAAACAUCUGGGAAGAUUUACCACCACUACAUUCUGCGACCCACUCUAUGGCAGGGAUACAGUACCAGGAUAACGUCUAUCUCAGUGGGGGUGUUGUGCUCAUGGGUCCAGAACGGCAGGCUAUGAAUACUUUCCUAUGCUACCACACUACCUCAAGAAUCUAUGAAAGCAAACCAGGGAUGUUGUACGCUCGACGGUUACAUGAUAUGGUAUUAGUGGGUGAACGCGUGUACGUUAUGGGCGGAAUUCCGAGAACGGGUACCCCUCUCCACGGACAAAUCCCUAUUGAAUAUUACAGCCAUCUUUCGAACCAGUGGACGCUCCUCUCCAGUACUCUCAGUGGCCGGUCUGUCGGACAUUACCUCUACCAUGAAAACGCCAUAAUGUCGCUCGGUCAUGAGCAUCACAACGCUACGGAGGACGAGGUCUGGGCGUAUAGCCCGGACUCUGAUACCUGGGCUCGGCAUAUAAAGGCACCGCAACGGUUGAGCCUGACUCAGGCCAUGUGUGUCAGGUUGCAUUUGAACUUUGCUGAUGAGAAAGUUAGUAAACUCUUCAUGAAGGAGAAAUGACUAGGGAAGAAGUGUCUAUGUGAUUGACUGUGAUGAAUUUUUAAUUACUUGUCUAUUUGCUUGCUAUUUUUUCAUUCUGCAUACCGGUACAAUAAAUUACGUAACUGGUACCUUUAAGUUUUAGUCAAAUGGCUAGCAAAAAACAGUUUAAGGUUUAAAUAAUUAUUUCUGUGAUUACUGUACAUAUGUUUUUGUUAAAUAGAGAGGUUGAAAAACACUAUUUGUAUGUGUAAAUAUAUGACCGUGAAACUACCGUCCAGGAAAAUUGCAGUCAGAUUUAUAAAUUGUUUGAAAAAUCUCUCUCAAUUAUGUGUAUCUUCGGGACCACUAGCACAAAAUGAUUUCCUGGUGAUUUUGUACAUGUCUUUGGUCAUUUAAAACUGUGUGAAAAUAUGAUACUACUCUUACCUUAAGAAUGAUAUCAAUAUUGAUAAUACAUAUACAGUUAAAAUGUGCCCUGGCUGUGUAUUUUUCUUCACCAUUUUAGGAAUGGUGCCUAGGUGUUUCUGUGCGGAAAAAAGGCGACAUUUUGACUAAAAUUAAGAAUUCAAUUUUCCUUAGAAAAGAACCAAAAUGCUUUUAAAAAUAGGUAAAGAUGAUUGUGAUUCAGUUUAUCUCUGUAAGGAUGCACCAACUCUAAGAUAAAAAAAAUUAGUCUCAAUUUAUUUAAUUUUUACAACAUAUAAUAUGCAAUUUUAUUUUCAAAUUUGGAAUUUGUUAUAUUCAUUUUAGUAUUUGGAAUAAGGUUGAAAUAAGCCCCAAAUUGGUCAAAAGAAAAAGCACUGCCUAGCUAUACAUUUGAUGCGUGCAAUAUGUAUACCCAACACAUUAACUCCAAAAGUAGACAUAUGCACAUACAUGUAGCUUUUUGCAACCAAUCUAAUUCUUGAAUUUAUAAUAGAUUUUGUACUAAGGUUUUCUUACAAAUGUCCUUAGAAGUGAGAAAUGUUCAGAUGUCAAGUAUCAAAAUGCAUAAUUGUUAACAGGGCUUUUUUCUCAUAUAUAUAUAUACUUCAGUGACAGAAAUAAGGAUUUUUCCAAUUUGCCAAAAUAUAUUAAAGUUUGCCCAAAUUGUGCGUUUUACAUGUAUAAUUAUGUAAGGUGAAAACGCAUAAUUUAAAAGAUAAAUUGAGAACACAAGAGUUAUUGUCAUUGCCUUAAGUUGGCGUAAAAAUAGUUGGUGUGCAAAUACUUUUGCCUUGGUCAUAUGAUAAGCAGUGAAAAGUACAUAAAAUUAAUAAAACCUUUUUCCGAUUUGAAAAUUAUUGGUUUUAUUGGAUUUUUUCCCCCUAUUUUUUCUCAAAAUAGAAAGUCUAUAUAUAGGCCCCUUCCAAUAGAAAGUCUAUAUAUAGGCCCCUUCCAGUUAUUUCUUGAAGAAGCCCUGCGUGUGUGUACACUUUACACACUGGAAUUCUUCCACUAAUACAGGAGUAUUACUUCUGAUAUGUGCUUGUAGAUACCUUGCAUUUUAAUAUUAUUCGAUUUUUGUACUAUUAAAGCUGCACUCUCACAGAUUGAACGUUUUGACAACUUUUUUUUAUAAUUUUGUCUUUGAAUGAGCUAUUUUUUGCGAAAAUCCAUAGAAACAAGUUAUAUAAGACUGCUGACAAAAAAUUAGAUCGAAGUUGAAAAAAUGGUAAAUCUGUGAGAGUGCAGCUUUAACAUGAACUGAACAUGAACAGUUUCAAGCUUAGAUUUAGUGCAACAGAGAGAAUAUUUUUUAAAUAAUGAAUUCAACUUUUAUAAUUAAUCUAUCUCAUCAAAUCAAUAUGCAUCUCUUUGAAUGUUUUAAAUUUAAUUAUUAUAAAGAUUUUAUAUUUGUGUGUUUUUUUACUUCAUCAUGCUCAAAACUUGUUACUAAAAAUUUGUAUGAACUUAAAGCUGCACUCUCACAGAUUUACCAUUUUGACAACUUCUUUAUUUUUGUCUUGGAAUCAAGAGCCAAUUUUUGUGUAAAUAUCUGCAAACCACUGAUAUAAGACUGCUGACAAAAGAUCAGAUCACAGAUUUUCAUAAUUCCGUUAAAAACAUAAUGUUUUAUGGCUAAAAGCUUUACUAACGGUUUAAGAAAAAUGCAUAAAAAAUAAAUUUUUGAACUUAUUUAUAUAUAUCUGUGAUCUGAUUUUUUGUCAGCAGUCCUAUAUCACUGGUUUCCAUGCUUUUUCGCAUAAAUUGGCUCAUUCAAAGACAAAAAAUAAAAAUGUUGUCAAAACUUUCAAUCUGUGAGAGUGUAGCUUAAAGGAAUCUGACCCACAAAAAAAAACUAGUUCUCUGAAAGCUCUGUUAACCUUAAUUAUUUGAAUGUUAGUCGAUCCUUACAGAUUAUGUAAAAAUAAUGACAUGGGGCUGUGCUCAUAAACAUCUGAAGUCAUUCUUAACUUAUGUCUGUUUCUCAAAUUUUUCAUAGUCAAAUUAAAACAAAGGUAUAAGGGUAUUUAAAAAAAAAGUAUGUAUAUUCAAUAAAAUCAAUGAUGAUAAAGAAUUCAAUAUGUUUUUUGAUAUUAUAUUAUUUGAUCAGUGAAAUACUCAACUUAGAAAUGUGACUUAAGAUAGAAAAUGACUUAAGAUGUUUUAUGAAUCUCGGCGCAGAAGAACAUCAAACAUUAAGAAGUUACAGUGUAUAUAUUUUCUCUGAAAUCAGACAUUAUCAAGAUUAUUUGCAUUUUUUUUAAGCCAAACAAAAUUGUUAAUUUUUUUUUUUUUUUUUUUUUUUAUUUAAAAAAAAGGUUUUAGACACGAAACCCUGUCAAACGAGACCAACAUAAUAUGGUGUCGGCAGGCAUCCAAAAAUUGCACAUAAAUGUGGGUCGGAUACCUUAAUUUUUUAAUUAAAUCUUAUAAUAUUGUUAUCAUAUUAUUAAAGUACCUUCUUGAUAUACCUCAACAAUAUGAAUUUCAUUUUACAAUGCCAUGUUACAUUUUGAUAACUAGAUAACUUAUAUCAUAAAAUAAGAAAGACAACUCAUAAAAUGUGAAUGAAAUUAUUUAAGGAAAGCUUUCUGAUACCUGGUAAUAAAAAAAAAUCACAUAACUCUGAAUAAAUAUGUAUGUUAAUUUUUUUUUUUACAUAUUCUUAAUAUUGCAUCUUUUGAAAGUGUUCAUUCAAAGUGUUGAAAAUUUGAUAUUUUUUUUUCGUAAUAUAUUUAUAAGGUCACUUUGCAUAACACAUAGUGCAACUGUGCAAAUGUCUAUUACAAUGUCAUAUUGUGGUUUAAGAUCAUGUGUCUUCUACUGUAAUACCUCAAAGUAAUGAUUCACUGAUUUACAUGUAUUUGUUACAUUGUAAUUGCUAUGUUAUAUGUAUAAGUUCAUGCAUUUACGGGCAUUUGGACGAAAGAAGAUCAUUGGUGCACAUGUUUUGUCUCUUAGCUCAAUAGGGCUGCAAUGAAAUAUACUGAUAAACUUGCUGAAGAUUGUCAUCAUAUGUAUACUGGCUGAAGAUUGUCAUACUGGUAUACAGGCUGAAAAUGAUCAUCAUAUGUAUACUGGCUGAAGAUUGUCAUACUGGUAUACAGGCUGAAAAUGAUCAUCAUAUGUAUACUGGCUGAAGAUUGUCAUACUGGUAUACAGGCUGAAAAUGAUCAUCAUAAGUAUACUGGCUGAAGAUUGGCAUACUGGUAUACUUGCUGAAGAUUGUCAUCAUAUGUAUACUGGCUGAAGAUUGUCAUACUGGUAUACUUGCUGAAGAUUGUCAUCAUAUGUAUACUGGCUGAAGAUUGUCAUACUGGUAUACAGGCUGAAAAUGAUCAUCAUAUAUAUACUGGCUGAAGAUUGUCAUACUGGUAUACAGGCUGAAAAUGAUCAUCAUAAGUAUACUGGCUGAAGAUUGGCAUACUGGUAUACUUGCUGAAGAUUGUCAUCAUAUGUAUACUGGCUGAAGAUUGUCAUACUGGUAUACUUGCUGAAGAUUGUCAUCAUAUGUAUACUGGCUGAAGAUUGUCAUACUGGUAUACUUGCUGAAGAUCGUCAUUAUAUGUAUACUGGCUGAACAUUGUCAUACUGGUAUACAGGCUGAUGAUUUGAUUGUCCUAAUAAGCUUUAGAUUAUCAUAAUACUGGUAUAGCGGCUUAAGAUCGUCAUCAUACCAGUUUACUGACUAUAGAUCAUUGUCAUCAUACCAGUGUACUGGCUGAAGGUCAUUUUCAUCAUACUGGUAUAGUGGAUGAAGAUCGUCAUCAUACCAGUUUACUGACUAUAGAUCAUCGUCAUCAUACCAGUUUACUGACUAUAGAUCAUUGUCAUCGUACCAGUGUACUGGCUGAAGGUCAUUUUCAUCAUACUGGUAUAGUGGAUGAAGAUCGUCAUCAUACCAGUUUACUGACUAUAGAUCAUUGUCAUCGUACCAGUGUACUGACUGAAGGUCAUUUUCAUCAUACUGGUAUAGUGGAUGAAGAUCGUCACCAUACCAGUUUAUUGACUGAAGAUUGUCAUCAUACCUGUUUACUGGCUAUAGAUCAUUGUCAUCAUACCACUACACUGGCUGAAGAUCAUGUCAUUAUACCACUACACUGGCUAAAGAUCAUUUUCAUUAUACUAGUAUACUGGCUAUAGAUCAUUGUCAUUAUACUGGUUUACUUGGCUGAAGAUCGUCAUCAUACGGGUAAACUGGCUGUAAAUCAUUGUCAUCAUUCUUGUAUAUCACAAUAUGCUUUAAAGACUUUCUGCCAAUUGAAAAAUACUACCUGAGUUACCAAUAUUCGUAAAUCAAUUUUUUAAUGUUUUAUGCAAACUUUCCUGUUACAAUACAGCUUGGUUGUUUAAAAACUCAUUCUGUGUUUAAGAUUCUUUUUUUAAAAAUGUCAAUUUUAUGAUGAUGGGGCUUGAAUAUUUUUGCUCGAGGACACCGGGGUCCAAACUGAAACCUCGAGGGAACCAAUGUUUUGAUCGACCUGAGUUUCAAUUUUCCAGUCUGUUAUGAAAUAUAUUUAAGUGUAUUUUAAGUUUGAAGUCAUCAAACGGACUGUUUACUACGACACUGAUUAUGUGUUGCGUUGCGGAAAUUGCUCAUAUGUUUAAAGGCUGUUGUAUAUUAAAUGUAUAAGACAAAACAAUUAUGAAUGAAUAAAUAGUUAAGUUUUUUUUUACAAAAAGCAUAUUUUCUAAACAAGCAACAUUUAGAUAUGACAGUACAUAUUAUGGCAUUAGUCAGAUUUAAGUUUUGCAAAAUCAAGGAUUGAUGAUUGGUGGAUCUUGUCUGUCUAGUGAAACUGUUCAAACUCAUAAUUAUCUUCUCAAAUGCCCUUAUCAACUAUUCGUUAGCGGUCAUGCGUAAACAGUGAUAAACGUUUUUUCACACCUUAUGAAUUUCCUUUCGACUGUCAUCCCAUUGCGCACAACUUGCGAAAAUUUUAACACCUAGCAAUUGUGUUUGUUUUGGAACACACGUUGGGGAAAAAGUGUGAAAUUAUGACCUCGAGGGAGCCAUAAGGUUUUGUGCAUGAUUUGUGUAUUUGGGACCGGCUACUGUGCUCGACUCCUCAACUUAUAUUGGUUUCAAUGUAGCGUCAGUAUUUUUUAUAUGAAAGUAGAAGGGAAAACGUUCUGGACCAAGCUCCGACCUCGAGGGACUGCUGGUUCUCGAACAACCACCUGUUCGAACAACUGCAAUUUUACUGUAUUGCAAAUUACUGCAACACAAACACAUCAUAAUUGCAAUAUAUAUUGAAUUAUGGUUUGGGGCAUAUUAUUGCAGCCCUAAAGCCAUUAUAGAUUCAUUACGUUCUGAAAAACUAGCGCUAGAUCAAUGUUAAUGGAUUGUUCUUGUACUUUUAUGUUAAAAACACUUAAACAUUUCUUUUCAUUAACUAUGAGAAUUUAAAAAAAAAAAUACUGAAUUAAGGAAAUGACUUAUAAAGUUUUUUGAAUACUGCCCUCAGAUUUCUUCAAACUCCUAUGAAGUAUUAAAAAUAGAAAUGAUAAAUAGAAUGAAAUAAAAACUUUGCACAAGUAUUAUUUUCAGAUUAGAUGUGUUUGUUCAUUUGGCAUUAUCAUUACAAGUUUGAAUGUUCAAUUUUUGUAUUAGAAUUAACUUUUUGAUACUUUUGACAUGUUUUGUUGUUGUUGUAUAUACUUAUACCUUAUAAAUGGUCAAUACUUCAGGGGUUCUGAAGUUCAGGAUUGGGAGAGUUUAACCUCGGACUAUUGUACAGAUGUGAAGGAAUUUGAUUGAUUAAUUAAUAAAAGCUGUGUUUUAAUAGUUCUGGCUUAACCUUAAAAAAAAACAUUAAUUUUUUCAAUAACUGAAAGAAAAUUUUAGAUAAAAAACACGUUAAUUUUGUCAAUAACUUAAAAAAAGAAAAAAGAAAUUUGCACGAAACUUGCUACAAAUGUUAACUAUGACAAUAUACACAUUAUGUAGCAAGUCACAUGGAAAAAUUGAUGAGCAUUGGCAUACAUUUACGUUACAAUCAUAUUCUAGUUGUUAUGAGAAUCUCCAUGGAAACCAAGUCUUAUAUACUGUUGAUUAAAACCUGUUGACCAAAUUACCUGUUAAAUUGUAUUAUUACAAUGAUUAUAAAUGAAAUGUUGUUAAUGUUGUUGUAGUUGGGAAGUAAUUAAUUGUUGAUUUACUUGUUGAAGAAUUACAACAUUUUGUAUGCUAAUAAAUUUUAUAGUUAGG